AUGCUGAACGUGCCGCCGCAGGCUUUCCCUGCGCCCAGCUCCCAGCAGCGGGUGGCUGCGGGCGGCCGCGCCAAGGUACCUUUAAAACCAGGAAGGAGUCUUAUGGAUUGGAUUCGACUAACUAAAAGUGGGAAGGACUUGACUGGUUUAAAAGGGAGGCUGAUUGAAGUGACCGAAGAUGAGCUUGCUAAGCACAACAAAAGGGAGGACUGCUGGAUAUGUAUAAGAGGAUUUGUAUAUAAUGUCACACCAUACAUGGAGUAUCAUCCCGGUGGUGAGGAUGAACUAAUGAAAGCAGCAGGAACUGAUGGUACAGAUCUCUUUGAUCAGGUUCAUCGUUGGGUCAAUUAUGAAUCGAUGCUGAAGGAAUGUCUUGUUGGGAGAAUGGCUCUCAAGCCUAUUGCUGCUCCAAGAGAGAUUUCUUCUACUCUAUCUGAAGAGAAGAAACAGCUUAAUAGUAUGUUUCCUGAGAAGAAAGUACUUAGUGCUUCCGCUAAAGAUUUAACUCCAAGUUAUGACUGGUUCCAAACAGAUAGUUUGAUCACCAUUGUCAUAUAUACUAGGCAGAAGGAUAUGAAUGCAGAGUUGGUGAUAGUUGACUGUCAAGACAAACGAUUAAGGGGAGAGAUCAUCAUGGAUGACCACUCAUAUCUUGUAGAAGUUGACUUGGAUCAUGCAGUUCAAGAAGAUUUGGCUGUGAAUAUUGCUGAAAAAGUUGGGAAAGUAGAGAUAAUCUUAAAGAAAAAGGAUAACAUUCAUUGGAAAAUGCUGGGACAGCCUUUGGAGAAUCAUAAUACGUUUAUCAAACACGUGGACAGAGGACUGUUCUUCAGAAAAUGCAAGUUGGUUUCUAAAACGGAAGUUACCCAUGACACCAAGCUCUUCUGUUUAACGUUGCCUAAAAGCACACAUCUCCGUGUUCCCACUGGACAACAUGUUUACCUCAAACAAAUCAUUGCAGGGACAGAGGCAGUGAAACCAUACACACCUGUAUUGCCUUUUUUCCCACUGGAUUUCAAAGAACCAUCCCGCCAUGACAGUGCACAUAUAUAUUUAAUGAUUAAAAUUUAUUCCUGUGGACUGUUCACACAGGCACUUGACCACCUACAAAUUGGAGACUAUAUUUCUGUCAGCAAUCCUGAAGGUAACUUCAAGAAGUCCCAGGUUCAAACUUCAGAAGAUCUCUUUUUAUUGGCAGCAGGCACAGGCUUUACACCAAUGGUUAAACUGCUGAAUUUUGCUCUGACUGAAGUUAGUUGCCUCCGGACUGUGAAGCUGAUCUUCUUCAACAAAACAGAAGAUGACAUACUUUGGAGAAACCAGCUAGAGCAAUUAGCUCUUAAAGAUGAAAGGUUUGAGGUUCAAUUCAUACUUUCACAACCAGCAAAGGACUGGGUGGGUAAACAGGGGAAAAUUUCUUCAUCUCUUCUCUCUGAGUUCGUGAAAAGAAGCAGAAGAGACUCCAAAGUGCUUAUCUGCAUCUGUGGUCCAACACCUUUUACAGAACAAGGAGUACAAUGUCUGAAGGAUCUUGGAUACUCCCAGGAAGAGAUACAUGUCUUUAUUGCAUAAACCCAUAUGAGGAUAUCGAUGUUUGUUUGUAUAAUUCAAUCUUAUUUAUUUACCUUCAUGAAUUUAAUUAAGUGAGAAGCAAUUUUGUAAGACUUGAAAUUUCACUCUUGGUACCAAACUGUUUCUUGGAAGAAAUACAUCUUUGAAAAAGUUUUAUACUGUAUUUUAUCUUGUCUUUGUAAAUAUUUUUGCUAAUCCAGGGUAUUAAUUUAUUGUAGAGGCAAGCAAAAAUGUAUGGUAUACAUUAUGUAAGAUACUUCAUGUUGUUGGUUCAUGAGAAUUCUUAAAUUUAUGACAAGCAGUGAUUUUAAGUUUUGACUUUCUUACUGUAAAAAGUCUUAAGAGCGAUACUGUCUGAAAUGAAAUAUUGCACUGUAACUCAGGUAACCGGUUGAUGAAAAAUGUUCUUUUUCAUCUGAAAUCUCUAUUUGACUUGCAAGUGAACCAGAUACAUUUUUG